AUGGAGUUUGAGCGACUGAACUUGGAGAGGGCUCCGGAGUCACAGGAGGAAGAUGAGAGAAAUGAAGGCAGAAACUGUGCGGCUUGUAGUAACUGCAACAACAUCCAUGACACGGUUUCUAAAUGGAUGCUUCCAGAAGAGGGCAGGGCGACCUACCUUGAAAGAGCCAACUGCAUCCCACCACCUCUCUUCAUCGUUGCCAUCAGUGUAGCUGAGCUGGCUGUGUUCAUUUAUUAUGCUGCUUUAAAACCCCAGAAACAGUGGAUCACUCUAGACAACCAAAUCUGGGAAAGCCCUCUUAUUUACAGGUCUGACAAAAGGCAGGAAGCCUGGAGAUUCUUGUCUUACAUGCUUGUGCAUGCUGGCAUUGAACAUAUCUUAGGAAACCUUUUCCUGCAGCUUCUUUUGGGGAUUCCCCUAGAAAUGGUUCACAAAGGCCAUAGAGUUGGAUUGGUUUAUAUUUCAGGAGUGAUUGGAGGUUCCUUGGCCAGCUCAAUCUGUGAUCCCCGCCAGGGUCUGGUAGGAGCAUCAGGAGGAGUCUAUGCUCUUAUUGGAGGAUACUUCAUGAAUGUUAUAGUGAACUUCCAAGAAAUGAUUCUGUUGUUUGGAGUUGCCAGAUUACUAUUCAUCUUCCUAAUAGUUGGGACAGAUGAAGGAUUUGCUUUGUACAGGAGAUUUUUUCCUCCUGUGGACGGGCCUGAGAUAUUCCUCCUUCCUUCAGUGUCUGAAUGCCGCAGCUCUUCUCGCUGGUAUAUUUGGGACUGUUCCCAGGUGUUUUGCCUGCAGCCUUCUCAUUCUUUUUCCUCUUUGGCGCAUUAAGCAGGGUCAGAAUUAAGCAAGGUCUGUGCUGGGCCACUUCAGGGACUUCUUUGGCAGAUCUGUAAGGGGCUGCAACUAACAUGGGAAGGAAAGCUGAGGGACGCUUUGCAUGAUCCAGGUUGCAGGAGAAAGUGGGUGUAUGAGAAGACCUGAACUACCGCUCAGUGAUAAUGUGUGGGAAGAUAGAACUUAACUUCCUCAGUGAGUCUAUGGGUGAGCAUCUGUAGUCUAUGCAGCCCCACACAGGGAAGAUGCAUUCAAACUUGCCUCAUUUGCCCUUGUAAUGUGUAUACGUUUU